UUUAUGUAAUAUUCCGGCGGGUGGUGGUGGCGGGGAUAAUUUACGCGCGUGUGUGUGCUUGUCUGUAUGUAGAAGGUCAUCAGAGCAAUCCGGUAGCUGAAGACCGAGCCGGCGUAAAUAAGACGAUACUGCGCGGAGGCGGAAAAGUUACUGGUUUGGGGGGGGGGGGGGGGCUCCUCUUCCUCCUUUUAUUCGUCCCACGCCGAGACACCUUCCCCUCCCCCUCCGCCCCGCCUCCUAGUCGCUAACUAGAAAAACGAUGCCGUUUCCUCCUGCCCAGGCUGAGUGAUCGCCUCGGGCGGCAGGAAGGGACCCACCACCCUCGGGGAUCAAGUCUUCUCCAGCGUCUGCCCAUUGACUGAGUGAUUGUCGCAAGGGCCCCGUUGAGUUUCAAGAGUUAAUAAGCCUUGGAGGAAACCAGAGUGCGCUUAGAUGCUCAGGCGGAGAGGGCACCGGGGUCUUUAAAAAAAGAUGCAGCGGUCGAUUUAGUGGUCGUUGCAGGGCAAAGAAGCCCUGGUGGCUGCGCGCGAAGUUGGCAGGAACCGUCGAGGGGUUUUUUUUGGGGGGGGGGAGGGGGGCUGAAAUGCUCCAAUCUAGGAGAGAGAGAAAACAGCUCUUUUCCUUUAGAAAUUGAAGAAUUCCUCCAAGGGGGGCAUCGGGAACUGCAAGAGAAGUUUGUGACUUGAAGAGCCGGCGAUUUGCUCCGUCUUGGCUGGUUGGAUAGGAGGGAGGGGAAUGUAGUUCAAGCUUUGCCAAAGUGUCCCACUGGCUCUUUCGGCCGCUUUUCUUUGCUGCUCUUAGGAAGCCGUCGACCUUUGCCCGGUGCCCUCCUGACUCUUCGUUCCCGUCCCCCUCCCCUCUGGCAGAGCAGAAGCAUGGAUCUUUUCCUCUGUCCCUCCUGUCGCCUGGUUCUCUGGGACCCGGUGACGGUCUCCUGCGGCCAUUCUUUCUGCAGGAGAUGCCUGGGCGAAACCUUGCCUUCCGAGUGCUGCCUCUGUGGGGAGAACCUCGGCCUCCUGGGCUCGCGGAUGCCCAGCUCGAACGUCCUACUCGGGAACCUACUAGAAAAGGGCUUGGAUACGGCCGCCAAGGUGGCCCGGUUGAAAAGGGACCUGCGGGAGCUGGUGAGCAACGGGGACUUCCAGGAAGCGCUGAGGACACUUCAGAAGGGAAUCGGCUUGGCUCCGGAUGAUCUUACAUUAAGGGUGUGCAGAUCAGAGCUCUAUGUGGCUUUACAGGAGUAUGAAGGGGCUCUGGAGGAUUUGGAGAUUCUAUGCAAGCAGAAGCCAGAAGAAUGUGAAGGCUUUUUUAGAAAAGGGAAAGUGCUCUUGGACUUAGGGAACCAACCAGAGGCCCUGCUGCAAUUUCAACAUUGCCUUACACUGGAUUCCGGUUUUCAUGCUGCUGAAUAUGAAAUAGAAAAGAUUCUCACGAAUGAUGCUUCCUCUACUCCUGGUACUGUUAUGGAGUUGAAGAACAACGGCAGUCAAAAUUUGGAAGGUUGUAAUUCAAGGGAACAGUUGACUUUUCUUGAGAGUUUUGAAGGCGGAACCCUACCGACACAAAAAGAAAAUUGGCUGGAAGAAACUAUGGCUGAUCAUAGCCAGGCAGCACUUCCCAUGACUCAAUGGAAGAGGAAGAAGUUCAGAUCAGAUCUUUCUGCAAAUAAAGAAUAUUUGGAGGAAGAGGCCUCACCAGAGACUUCAGGAACUAGAUCAACAGAUACAAAAUCUAUGACAGACUAUUGUCCAGACUUCAUAGGCUUCUUGACUACGUCAGACCUGGAAUGUUCCCUUUGUAUACGUAUGUUGUAUGAACCUGUCACCACACCCUGUGGCCACACCUUCUGCAAAGAGUGUAUGGAGCGUUGCUUAGACCACCGACCCAACUGUCCACUUUGCAAGCAAAGCCUGCAAGAGUAUCUGAAAGCUGGAAAAUACAAUACUACCAUUCUGCUUGAAGAGUUGAUGACUACAGUUUUCCCUUCACAACUGGCAGAAAGGAAACUGGUCCACCAAGCGGAUAUGGUAGAACUUUCAAACCUAAACAAGAAUAUCCCCAUCUUUGUGUGCACCAUAUCAUUUCCAGGUCUUGUAUGUCCUCUGCAUGUGUUUGAACCUCGCUAUCGACUGAUGAUGCGAAGAUGUCAGGAGACUGGCACAAAGAUGUUUGGCAUGUGCAUGUAUGAAGAUGGAAAAAACUUUGCUGACUAUGGCUGCAUACUGGAGAUUCAAAAAAUAGCAUUUUUUCCUGAUGGACGAUCAUUGGUGGAUACUAUAGGCAAGAGGAGGUUUCGAGUUUUGAGACGAGGGCACAGAGAUGGCUACAACACUGCAGACGUUGAAUACUUGGAAGACGAGAAGAUGGAAGGAGAAGAACAGGCUGAGCUGCAGAAUUUACAUGAUUGCACCUAUGAGCUAACCCAGAGAUUUUAUGAACAUGGGGGCAGGACUUUCAGACAGCUUGUGAUGCAUCAUGGACCACUUCCAGAAAAAGAGGAAGACAUACAGGCAUCACCAGAUGGACCAGUUUGGUGUUGGUGGCUUAUAUCUGUCUUGCCCCUUGACUUGACCCACAAGUUGACCAUUUUUUCUGAAACCUCCCUGAAGGCACGCCUCACCCAACUAAAACAUAUUCUGAACAUCAUUCUGGAAAGUCGUGACUACAGCAACUAAUAGACUCAGACUUGCCACAAGGAAGAUUUAGAUAACAUAAAAGGUUGGGAAGUGGGGACUUCUGGGGAAGAAAUGACAAACUGAAGAUGGCUUGGCAAAAAAGUAGAAUUGACAACCACAGAAGAAUGAGCCAGGAAUAGACCAGUUCUUCAUAAUUCCUAUCCAGCCAAGGAGAGGAUUUGAGAUUGCCCACAAGUGCUCUAUAUUGUUGCUCCUCACAAUGCCAAUCUGGUGCCCUGCAGAGUGUCAGGUUUGAAAGCCAUUGGGAACCCUGUCUCAGAGGUCCUGGGAUUGCAAUUCCUAGAACUUCUAGCCAGCAUUGGUUGACUGGGAAAUUCUACAAGUUGUGAUCCCAGCACAUCAUGUCUUUAGGUCCCUCUUUAUUGUGAUUAUUUUGUUACUGUAAAACUGACUUCAGAUAUGGUCCUUAAUGAGGACUCUGAAACUGGACUGCAGUUGUAGCAAGAUUUACUAUGUAGUAGUAGCAAGACUUUUUGAAUGGGUUUUGGACCGACAGGGCUAAAAGAUUCGGUAGUAAGAUGUGAAUUGUAUUCAAGUGAACACAUUUCUAAGCACCUUACACCAUGAGAAUAGGAAAUAAAACUACAAACACUGGGACUUCCUGAGGAAAUUUGCCUUAUAUCACAUAUUGAUGUUUGCAUGGGACUCUUCAACAUAUUCUUCAUAAUGUAUGAUAUUCUUUCUUUCAAGUAACUCACUGCUAUUGAUUGUAGGGUAAAAGCCAACUCAGCAAUGAGAAACAUGACAAAAGGGCUGAUUUUCUUUCCUGUAUUUUAUUCUGAUUGCUAUUUAAUGAAGAAUUCCAAAAGGGAUCAGGUAAAAUGACAUACGUUGCUGAAGAAAGUAGAUUAGAAUACUUCUAUAUGAUAAGAAAGAUAUAAAAGUUAGAUUGGGACAGAUAAUGUGUAGUCAUCCAGAUGUUCAGGAAGUACAAUGAUUUCCUACCAUUUGGAGAGGUAUACUUUUCCACCAGUCUGAAGUAGACCAUUUUAAAGAUUUAAUUUACAGAAAAUGUUUAAAGGGAAACCUGGAAAUGAAAAUGAAAUUGUAGGCAAUUCUCAUGGGGAUGAAGUGGAUAGCUAGAGGACUAACUGCGACCUAAAAUGUAUAAUUCAGGAAUUCAUCUAGGUUUUAAGAUGCUAAAAUGGCAGAGUAUUCAGCUGAACCAAUCUGCUGCAUAAUUACACAUGCUGUUAGACAAAUUACCGUGAAUAUAAAAAGUUUGAUAUACAUGUAUAUAAUAUGAAUUGAACAUGUACACAUAGGUUUUGUAUAGGGAAUGUCUGAAUACAAAUCAAUCAUUUGUUCAUGUUAAAGAAGUCAUGGGAUUUUCAAAACAACAGCUGCUAAAACAAUUGCUAACUUUAGAAUUAUUUUUAGAUAAAAUAUUUUUGUGCUCUAGCCUCAAGAAUAUGGAUUCUAGGAAUGAACAGCACUGACCAAUACAAUACAGCGAUUGUUAAAUGUAUCCAGCUUCCCCCACUGACUUUGCUUGCCAGAAGUUGACCUGGAGGGUUGCAAGUGCUGAUCACAUGACCCUGGGAUCCUGCAACUGUGAUAAAUAAAUGCCAGCUCUCCAGCGCCCAAAUUACAACCAUAUGACUAGGGAAACUAAUUAUUGUAAUGUAAGGAUCAGCCAUAAACCACUUGUAACUUCCGAUGGUUGCUAAAGGAAUAGUUCUAAGUUGAGGACUAACUGUAUUCUUUUUGGCAGAUUUAAAACCUGCUGGGAUAUAUAGCUGUGUUUGAUUUUAGUUGUACUUAAAUUUGUACUCCUUAUAACAAUGUAAUUUAAAAUUGGUUUGUCAAAAAGAAUUAAAACAUUGUAGAUGAAGAGCAUAUGCUUCAUUAUUAUUUAAGCUGAUCUUAUCUUGUGCUUCUGCUGGUUUGACUGUUCAGUGGUUUAAGAAAAUUCUGUCCAGACUCAGAUCCUUUGGCUACAAAUUGCAAAGUAUUCAAAUUGGACUGUAGUUUAUCAUGUCCUCCCAUUGAAUAAUUCCUCUUGUGCCCUUCUACCUUUACUUAUCAGGCAAAUCAUGGCAGGUCAUUUUCCUUUUUCUGGGUGGAACAUCUUAAAGAGAUAUAUUAAAAAUAUAUCUUGGAGAGAGAGUUAAAAACCUGGACUUGCACAUAGGAGACCCAGGUUUUAAUUCUUCCUUAGGUAUAAAAACUGGGUCAGUGUCUUUGGGCUAGUCACUGUCAGCUCACUUAGGAAGUUGAAAACAUUUAUCUUCCAAUCCACAAUUGCCAGUAUGGUGAUCAAUAACUUUCAAUGAAGAGACCCUCAUUCUGCAAUGAAUUGCUUUGGGAUAAUAAUAC